CUAUGAUCUGUCAGUUGUCACCAAGCAAAUAACUUGUUUUUAACUGUUUAUUUUCUUCAAAGAAUAUUGAAGACAUAUGGGAAAAAUCAAUUUACAAAUUAAAGCUACCCUCGAGGGUAUUGAAGAGUUGUUUACCAAUCAUCCAGAUUAUAACUUUCUAGUAAAGAUAAAAUGUACUAGUUGUGGCGAAGAAUCUAAUAAGUGGCAUGACAUUUCUGAAAAUACUAAGUAUCCUGGAAAAACUGGAAAAUCGGAAAAUAAUUUUAUAGCAAAAUGUCGACUAUGUGGACGAGAAAAUUCUCUCGAUAUUGUUCCUGGUAGUAAUGGUAAAUACACAAAUGAAGAUGUGGGCAAAUUCAAAACUCUUGUAACCUUUGAAUGCAGAGGAAUAGAACCAUUUGAAUUUACACCAGGUGAAGGGUGGUUAGCUAAAGCUGAAGAAAGUGGAAAAGUGUUUGAUAAUAUUAAUUUGUCUGAAAAGGAAUGGGUAGAAUAUGAUGAAAAAAGUAUGCAAUCUAUUGGGAUAUAUGAGUUUGAAUCUAAAUUCGUUCCAGCUAAAUAAGUGUUCAUAUCUUAUGGAAAAUUUAAAUACGUUACUUUAAAUAAACUUUCCUUACUGUCUUUAUAUUCAAUUAAAA